UGCCAGCACUGAUGUUUAUAUUUAAUAUUAUUGUCCUGCCGAGCAUGGGUUGAAGGUAUUUAACAAAGUGCAGUCAUUAAUGCUAGGUACAUGUGAUUCAGUGAACAAUUGAGUUCUCUGAUGUACAUGUAUAUUAUACAUCUGACUUGCUUUUCAGAGGACCUAUGAAGAAUCCUGAACAGCUUUCUGUGAAGAACUCUCAGCUGAGUGAAGAUUUUAGUGGUGAAACAGGGCUGCUAACAUCCGUGACAUCAAAGGAGGACAGUGUAAAACAACAGAUCCAGCUGAGUUUUGUCAUGUAUGGGGUAAAGAUGGCGAAGGAAAAAAGCGGGGCCUACCUCUUCUUACCAGAUGGGGAGGCACAGCCUGUUGCAAUAUCCAAGCCCUUUAUCCAUGUUUUAAGGGGCCCGUUGAUGUCAGAGGUCAAGGUCAUGCUGCUUAAUGUUGAACAUGUGGUCUGGCUACAGAACUCACCAGGGGCUUUCAGCAUUUAUCACAUUCACCGACGCCGCACGCUUGACAAGCUGCUAUUGCGAGCUAACUACUACCCCAUGCCUACAGUGGUAUACCUGGAAGAUGACAUAAAAUGUAUUACCAUGGUAACAGCACAAGCUCCGAGUGUUGCUAGCUUGAAGCAAGGUCAGUUUGAGAUCAUGCAGGAUCAAAGACUGUGUCAGGAUAACAACAGAGGCCUGGGUCAGGGCGUCCUGGACAACAAGCGUACCCCUAAUAAGUUUAGAUUGUUUAUAGAAAGAAGGACGGGUAAAAAAUUGCUGGAAUCAUGA